AUGCUCAAAGAGUCCCUUGCGACGGUUUCUGCGCCAGUCAUCCCCCCUACUGUCACCCCUACUGUCAUCGCGCCCACACCAUCCAUUCGACCUCCUGCUCCCUUGCUGCAGCCAAGCGCGUCACCUCACAACAGAACGUCGCUGCCUCCCAGGCCCGACGCUGGUACCAGCUCAGACAACAGAGAACGAGAUAGAGACAAGGACAGACGACCCCCUCCUCCCAAACGACGCUCGCGGUCUCCGCCUACAGGUCCGCGUGCAGGCCCCGGUCUUCCACUGAAACCAGAGUGGGGUCGUCGCGGCACGCAUCAACCAAAUAAACCAGAAACCAAGCCUGGAACUCCCGUUCCCGCCGCUGCCCCCGCCCCCAUUGCUGCUUCUGCCCCGGAGCACCCAGUUGAGCCAGGUUUCGUCCCUGAGAUUCCUAAGUAUCAAGUGAAGAGCGCUACCGCGGAGAUCGACGCAGAGCUUGCACGCCUUCGGGCACACCGCACGCAUAUCGAGACUGAGUAUGUCACAGUCGGCAAAUUGGCCCAACGCGCCAUGAACGAGUUGAAUAUCGCGGACCUCGAGGUCAAGGCCGCAGAGUUGCGGCGCGCGACCACGUCUUCUCAGCUGGAGAAGGCUCGGUUGGGUGUGCUCGGUGCUGAUUUUGUCAGGCCGUAG